AUGGCGAAAAGUUGUUCAAAUUGUGCAGCAGCAGCUAAAAUGCCCACAAAAACAACUUUACAUCCUUGGCCAAAACCUUCUGAUUCUUGGGUAUGGCUCCAUAUUGAUUAUGCAGGACCAAUAGAUUCAUACUACUAUUUAGUCGUAAUCGAUGCGUUCUCAAAAUGGCUCGAAAUUAUACAAACAAAAUCUUUAACAGCUACUCAAACAAUUUCCAGCUUGAAAGAAAUUUUCGCUAGAUUUGGGUUACCGAAGACAAUAGUUUCAGACAAUGGUACUCAAUUUGUAAGUCAUCAAUUUCAACAGUUUUUAGCGGAAAACGGCAUUAAUCAUAUACGAAGCAGUCUGUACUAA